GAAGGGCCACAUUACAGUUUACUCAAUAUAUAAAAGUAGGAUACUAUAUAUUUUUUUAUUAUCAUGAAACUGAUGUGGAGUGAUACAUCUUCCAAUAGACGAUCUUAUAGUAUUGUCACACUGCAUCAUAUUUGACUGUACUCAGAUUCCCUCAUAAUUAUAUGUUGUGUAAAUAUUAGCUUUUAUAGUCGUGGUAUUUUUUUAUUUUGCUACCUAUUCUUCUUUCUGUGUCUCUGUAUGCACCACUAAUACCAAAGCAAAUCCCUCGUAAAACUACUUGGUAAUAAAACCCAUUCUGAUUCUGAUACUAAAUCAUAAUUUCGAGACACUUGAUGAAUUAUGGUGAUUAUUUCGUUAACAUUUCUCAUUAUAUUUUCAUCACCUUAGUUCAAUGACAAUAUCUGGGUUUUUUUCUGCACAUAUUGUUAUUCCAUUCUAUUUCAAUGUAAAUACUGCUUUAUUUCAUUUUUAAUUUUACUAUAUUUUUCUUAUUUUGUAAUGUUAUUAUAGUGUUCUUAACAUAGUUCUCUAUCUGUGUUUUUUUUUAAUUGUUUUAUUUGUAGCCUAUGUAUGCACCACGACAUCAAGUCAAAUUGUCAACCUAAUACAUCUGUUUUUGACUCCACUGAAAACAAUAGUAGUGAUACAUCGUCCAAUAGACGAUCUUUUCCCAAAGGUAGUUUCCAAAGUUGUUGCGGACAUGCUGAGUCCGCGGGAGCGCGCCUGCUGUGGAUUACACCGGCCAGGGAAGAGCAGGAGACGGGGGCGCGCUUGCUGUGGAUUACACCGGCCAGGGAAGAGCAGGAGACAAAUUGACAAACUGACAAGUGAAGAGCCAGGUUCACACGGUGCUCCGUCGCUACUUCACCGGGAAACUUUACCAGAUUUUAACCUCACUCUGGAGCCUUGGAGUGAGUUUCUUCUUCCACCACGGAGUGUCCCGCCCCAGAAGAGAAGCUCUGCUCAGGAAGCCAUGCUAAUAAAAGUGUUCCGCUCGCGGUGAGCUGCCUGGCGGACAGUCGGAGGCGUCAUGGCGGAGCUGCCUAUUGCCCCGGGCGAGGUCUACAUCGAGGUGGAGUACGACUAUGAAUACAAGUCCAAGGACCGCCUCAUCACCAUCCACCAGGGGGAUUGCUUCAUGCUGGUCAAGAAAAGCAACGAGGACUGGUGGCAGGUGAGGAAGGAGGAAGGGACUAAACCUUUCUACGUACCCGCUCAGUAUGUCCGUGAAGUGCGUAAAGCUCUCAUGCCCCCUCCCAAAACCCUUCCUCUUCCUGUUGCUGCCCCCGGAAACCCAACUCCACAAAGUGGGGGUGUACUGUGGGUGAAGCCAAUCAGUCUGGAGCUGGGACCCGCGGACAGCCUCCACCGACACGAGUCCAACUACCGGCGCUCCCCCUCUGCACACACCGCCUCUUCUGGGAACUUCAGCCCCCCCACCCAGCGCAGGAACAGUAGCAACCAUCAAGGCCCCCCCACCACCCCCACCAACCACGACCGAGCUCUGGCGGACAUCCUUCAGCACGGCGGAGCCCACCUCCCCGCUCAGAGAGAAAAGUCUAGCACUCUGCCCCGAACCAGAGCCCAAUCCCCGGACAUGGAGCGAUCCCCGCUGGACGUGGACCGCAGGACGGACUCUGCGGGGGAGGAGAGGCGCACCAACGACUCGGAGUCAGGAGACGAGCUCAGCAGCAGCUCCACCGAGCUCCUCCAGGUAGAGUCACAUUUAAAGACAUUGUUUGUGCUGUUUUUAUACAUGCAAAGCUUGGGUUGACACUCAUUUUGGCUC